AGGUUCAAACCUUCGAGCCCAAUAUGGCGGAGUUCUCCAACCUGAUGAACCUGCUCCUAUACAUGGAGAAGCAAGGAGCUCACAAGGCGGGAAUAGCCAAGAUCUGUCCUCCCAAGGAAUGGGUUGCUAGGGCUCGAGGUUAUCAACCCUAUGAUAUUGAUUUAGAAAUACCUGCUCCGAUCCUACAAACCAUUGCCCCGACCCAUAAUCCAGGAGCAUUUCAAGCAAAUCAUUCAAAUCUUCCUAAACUAAAAGUAGAAGAUUUUAGGAAACUAGCGACUAAACCCUGCUACGUGACUCCGGCGCAUGAGACCUAUGAUGACCUGGAGACUAUGUACUGGGAUGAACUUGUCAAUGAUAAAUCUGAUCCUCCGAUAUAUGGAGCUGAUGUCUGCCAAUCCAUCACAGAUCCGGACCAGAAGAUCUGGAAUAUAAACCGUCUUGAUUCAAUACUUACAGAGGAAAUGGAGGAACAAAUUCCAGGUGUCAACAUGCCGUAUCUGUACUUUGGGAUGUGGCGCGCCACCUUUAGUUGGCAUGUUGAAGAUAUGGAUCUAUACGGAGUUAACUUCCUUCACUACGGUGCUCCUAAAACCUGGUAUUGUGUCCCCCCUCAGUAUGCGUAUAAACUCGAAACUGCUGCAACAGAACUGUUUCCCGGGAUGGCUAAGGCGUGUCCUAAUCUCCUCCGACAUAAAGCUGUAAUGCUGGCUCCCGAACUAUUGGAAGAAUACGGCGUCAGGGUGCACAAGGUUGUACAGGAGGAGGGGGAUAUGAUCAUAGUGUUCCCUCACGCCUACCACAGCGGGUUCAACCACGGUUUCAACAUGGCUGAAUCCACAAACUUCGCUCUUCCCAGAUGGAUCGAAUACGCUAAACGGUUUCGAGGCUGUCUAUGUGGGGACAAAGAUAACGAGGUUGCUUUCAAACUAGAUCCCUUCAUUAAGAAAUACCAACCUGACAGAUACAUGUCCUGGAGUAACGGAGAGGAUUUUGAUCUGCAUCCUGAAGAUCCAGAAUUCCUGAGAAAAGCGUACCAUGAUGCAAAGCUAAGACUAAGUCCUGGAGACUUGAAUAAAUUUAAAGCUCACGUGAAAGCUCGGAGAGAAAUACCAGACUGGUUUCUCAAAUCCUCCCCACCAGAGAGUUACAAAGAUAAAAUAGAUCUCUUCAGAUAUUAUGAUCUCUCUGCGUUUGUGGAGGAUUGGACGGAGAAGAAAACAUGGAGUCCGAGGCACCGAGCUGCUCUGAGAAACCUCCUGGAGAAUCCGGAGUCCUGUAAAGUCAAAGUCAAACCUUUAGCUAAGAUUCAAGUAUUUAGCUACAUGAGAAAGCUGAAGAGACAGAUAAAGUACGAAACCAAAAUUAAAGCCGAACAAGCAAGUUUAGCCCCGCAGCAGUCUGUCUUCGUGAGCAACGGAUUCCGCGGGGCUAACAUAUCUGAUAUGUUAUCCAAGAAAGCGCAAACAAUAUGCGAAAAGAACCAUAGAUUCGCUGCCUGUAAGAAGUGUACAGGGUGUCGAACACCCAACUGUGGAGUAUGUACAAGCUGCUCCGAUAUGCCUGCCUUUGGCGGCCCUGGGACGUCUAAGCAGAAGUGUAUGAAGAGGGUUUGUAUAAAUCCUCGGAUGCAUUCCUGUGACAAGUGUCAGUGGAAUACUGCAGCACUCAGUAUCUAGGAUUUAUCAUCUGAUGCAGUCCUGUGACAAGUGUCAGUGGAAUACUGCAGCACUCUGUAUCUAGUAUUUAUCAUCUGAUGCAGUCCUGUGGCAAGUAUCAGUGGAAUACUGCAGCACUCUUUAUCUAGUAUUUAUCAUCUGAUCAUCUAGUAAGAAAUCACUAACAACACUAGCAGUAAUUAUUCAAGUUAAAUUCAGUAAUCUCAAUGAUUUGUUAUCAAGCCUUGUAUUUAUGUUUGGUGUUUAGAACUGUUUUGUUAUGUCAAGUCGUUAGUUAUAAAA